AUGAGAGAACAAAACAAUUACUUUAGAUCCAACACAAGCCGUUAUCAGCCUUACGGAGGUGGUCGAGGUGAUAGUUCCAACGGCGGAGGACAUCAUCGAGGAAGAUUUGAUGAUUCAUCCUCUCGUCAAGCUACCACUGCUGCUUCAUCAUCAGACUAUAUUAGAGAUGAUGAGCCUGAGGAAGCACUUUUUGCAAAGAAGAACACGGGUAUUAAUUUUGAUAAAUACGAGAAUAUUCCAAUUGAAGUGUUCGGUAGAGACCCUCCAACUCCAAUCAACACUUUUGAUGAAGCACAACUCCACGAGCUUUUAAUGAACAACAUUGUCAAGAGUGGCUACACCAAACCAACUCCAAUUCAAAAACACUCCCUUCCCGCUAUCAUCACAUCCAAACGAGACAUGAUGGCUUGUGCCCAAACCGGUUCGGGUAAAACCGCUGCCUUCUUGUUGCCUAUUAUUAACUCUCUCUUGCAAGCUGGUAUUCACAAGGAUAGAAAGAGAUUCAAUCCUUACAAGGGCGCACCAAAAGCUGUUAUCCUUGCUCCUACCAGAGAAUUGUGCCAACAAAUCUAUGAUGAGUGCAGAAAAUUUAUUUUCCAAACUUAUUUGAAAACUGUGGUUGUUUAUGGAGGAGCUUCAAGUGGCUAUCAAAUGAAGCAAUUAGAACGUGGUGUUGACAUUCUUGUCGGAACACCUGGAAGAAUGAACGACUUUAUCCAGAGAGGAAAAUUGGACAUGUCUGGUGUCCAAUAUUUAGUGUUGGAUGAAGCAGAUAGAAUGCUUGACAUGGGUUUUGAACCACAAAUUAGAUCAAUUGUCGAAGGUAGUGGUAUGCCACCAAAGGGUCAAAGAUUGACAUUGUUAUACAGUGCCACAUUUCCAAAGGAAACUCAGAAAUUGGCUCUUGACUUUUUGCACGACGAACUUUUUGUUCAAGUCGGUGUGAUCGGUGGUACAACUGAGAACAUUACACAAAAAUUUUUCCAAGUUUCUGCCAAAGAAAAGAAAGAUAAGCUCGUAGAAGUAUUGACUGAACACAAGUCUGAAAAAACUCUUGUCUUUGUUCAACAAAAGAGCACUUGUGACCAACUUUAUGAACACUUAACUCCUCUAGGUUUUAAAUGUUGUGUCAUUCACGGUGAUAAGGAUCAAAGAACUAGAGAACGAUCAUUGAGACAAUUUAAAGAAGGCUAUUCAACUAUUUUAAUUGCAACUGACGUUGCUGCUAGAGGAUUGGACAUUGAAAAAGUAACUCAUGUUGUCAACUAUGAUCUUCCAAAAGAAAUUGACUCAUAUGUCCACAGAAUUGGUAGAACUGGACGUGUUGGUAACUUGGGUCAAGCUACUGCUUUGUUUGAUACUGAAGAAGACUCCAAAUUGUGUCGAGACUUGGUCAAGAUUUUAAAAGACGCAAAUCAAGAAAUUCCUGAAUUUAUUGAAAAUGCUGCCUUUAAUCCAUUCUCUGGUAAGGGAGGAGGAGGCUUCAGAGGUGGCCGUGGAAGAGGUGGUGGUUAUGGUGGACGAGGAGGUGGCUUCAGAGGUGGACGAGGAGGUGGCUUUGGUGGCGGUUUCAAUAACAACAGAUGGUAA